AUGAACCAGAGAGUGCGGAGCCCCAAGAGGUCCUUGGCGGCGGGGACGUCGCCGUCGAAGGUGGAAGAGAGGUUCCACAAGUUCCUCCGCCCUGGGGCCCUCGCCAGGCUACGGGACGCUCGGAUCAGCACCUCCUCCCGGUCGCCGAGAUCUGCCACCCUCCUCCUCCUCGCCGCCAGGAACCACCGCCUCUCUCCGCCAUCGCCGCCGUCCCCAGGGGACGGGGGCGGCGCCGCCGUGGGGCCGCAGAUAUCGGCGGCGGUCGUCGAUGGCUCCCCCUUCUUCGCGGGUUGCAGGACUCGCGGGCCGCGCUGCCCUCAGAGGAAAAAGCUGCUCGCAGCGAGGGCUAUGUUCUUGAUCCCCGGGAGCCCCGUCGGUCCGGACGCGCCGCUCGAUGACCUCCCUCACCUGGACCAUUUGACCUCCGAUCUCCUCCUUGCGCACUGA